CGGAAGUGCCGCGCCCAUAACAUUCCACUAAAGGUCCACCCUCUCUCGCGCGUAAGGUUCAGCCCCGUUGGGCCACGCCCUUUGGCUCUGAUUGGGCCACGCCUCUUGGCUCAGCUCACCUCCAAUCCAAUUCUUGACGCCGCGCGUUUGCUCUUGUUUCAAAGCCCGCCCUUAAAUCCUCCUCCUCCUUAUGUUCGCGUGUUUGAAUCUCCCGUGAGGUGAUAGAAAGCUUGUGCAUGUACUGAUUUCAUUUUAUUCAUUUCGAUUUCUAGCCUACACCAUUUUAAAUAGAGAUAUGCAAAGCUACAUCGGUUGGAUUUCUGCUUGUUGUGCACUGUCUGCUUUUACUACAUUUAUAUAUCAUAUUUGGCUGUAAAAGCUGUAAAGGAACUUUACAAUCAAAACAAAGCAACUAAAAAUUAAAAUGAAGGAUUGUAUUCAGGAACCAUGAGCCGUAAAGUUGUGAGGUCCAGUAAGUUCCGCCAUGUCUACGGACAGCCAGUCAAGACCGACCAGUGUUACGAUGACAUCCGCGUUUCCCAGAUGACAUGGGAUGGGAAUUUUUGCUCCGUCAACCCCAAAUUCCUGGCCAUCAUUGUGGAAGCUAGUGGUGGAGGUGCCUUCCUGGUCUUGCCAUUAUCCAAGACUGGUCGCCUGGAUAAGACCUCUCCAGUGGUCUCAGGGCACACAGCCCCUGUGCUGGAUGUGGAAUGGUGCCCCCACAAUGACCAUGUUAUUGCCAGUGGGUCUGAGGACUGCACUGUUAUGGUCUGGGCGGUGCCUGAAACCGGUCUUGUGCGAUCCUUGAAUGAGCCCCUGGUGACCCUUGAAGGCCACUCUAAGCGGGUAGGGAUUGUCAUGUGGCACCCAACGGCACAGAACCUCCUGCUGAGUGCAGGCUGUGACAAUGCAGUGACAGUCUGGGAUGUGGGUGUCGGGCAGGCAUCCCUCUCGUUGGACGAGCUGCAUCCAGACGCCAUCUAUAGCACAGCCUGGAACCGAGAUGGGUCGCUGUUGUGCACUGCCUGCCGGGAUAAACGAGUCCGGCUGUUUGACCCACGGGCGGGAGGCACCCUUGCCAAUGAGUUGCCACGGCCACAUGAGGGGUCACGUCCUGUCCGGGCUAUUACUGUGAAAGACGGAAAGCUCUUCACAACGGGCUUCAGCCGCAUGAGUGAGCGACAGGUGGCGCUGUGGGACCUGAGGAAUCCCGAGGAGCCCUUAACCCUCCAGGAGCUCGACACAAGCAGCGGGGUCCUUCUGCCUUACUAUGAUCCAGACACCAAUGUGGUUUACCUGACUGGCAAGGGGGACAGCAGCAUCCGUUAUUUUGAGCUCACAGGAGAGGCGCCCUUUGUGCACUACUUAUCCAUGUUCAGCUCCAAGGAAUCGCAACGAGGAGGGGGGUGGAUGCCAAAGCGAGGUUUGGAUGUCAGCAAAUGUGAGAUUGCCAGGUUUUACAAGCUCCACGAGAGGAAAUGUGAACCCAUUGCAAUGACUGUACCUCGGAAGUCAGACCUGUUCCAAGAGGAUCUGUAUCCUGAUACAGCUGGCCCAGAUGCUGCACUGACAUCAGGAGAGUGGCUAUCAGGGAAGAAUGCCAACCCCAUCCUCAUGUCCCUUAAGGAUGGCUACACGCCCCAGAAGACCAGAGAGUUCAAGGUCAACCAGACCCUUCUUCAAGGGCCAAAAAGAAGCCAACAUUCUCAUGAAGGGACACCACAUGGGAGUCCAGCUUUAGAGCAGCUAUCGGAGGAUCUGAAACGGCUGCAAGUCACCGUCUCAGAACAGGAACGACGCAUCGCGGAGCUGGAGCGGAUUGUGAAGAAAUAGCCCCGCCUGGUCCACGCACCAGAUAGCUGUUCUCCAUCAAUCAUAUUGAACUUUGUUUCAUUGGUCUUUUAAAAACCCUUCACAUUUCUCAUGGGUGGAUCCUCAGGGCAUUAUUAAGCACCACCCACCCCAAACUCAGGGUUGCCACUUCCAGACCGGCUCCUCUUUUGGCUAGUCAGGUUCCACCUGAUGCCUGGCCAACCCCCUUGUCAAGCCCUUGCGGUGCCAGUAGCCUCUCUGCACACAACCUGUAGUUCCCAACCUCCCAGGGGACAAAUUACAUGGAUACAGUCUCCAUAUUACUAUCUCCUCUCAGAAAACAUUACCUUUCUCCCAGAUUUUUGUUUAGAAGUGCUGCAGGCCAGUCUUCCUUUGCUCUGAAUUUGAGGGCGGUGGUUGUAUCUCAUCUUUUGACUAGUGCUCAGUGUUUAGUUGACAAUGUUAAAUGUUUUGAUUAAGCAGGGAUACAUUUUAGUUUGUCAUAACUUUUUAAAAAAAGUACUUCUGAAAAACUGCAAGUGACAAGAGCUCUCUUAGAAGAGACAUUCCAUCCCAGGGAUGAUAAAAGGGAGAAUAUCUCUUUAAGAUGUCUGCUGCAACAAUACAAGUGUGCAUUAUAUAAUAAAGUAUACUUGUUUCUUUAGAA